AAAGACAUUCCAUUUAAAUGCUAUGGUGGCUUGUUAUCCAGGCAAUGGAACAGGAUACGUGCGCCAUGUCGAUAAUCCAAAUGGAGAUGGAAGAUGUGUUACAUGUAUAUAUUAUCUUAAUAAGGACUGGGAUGCCAAGGUAAGUGGAGGCAUCCUUCGGAUAUUUCCAGAAGGUAAAGCCCAAUUCGCUGAUAUUGAACCCAAAUUCGAUAGACUGCUAUUCUUCUGGUCUGAUCGCCGCAACCCUCAUGAAGUACAGCCAGCCUUUGCUACAAGGUACGCAAUAACAGUGUGGUAUUUUGAUGCAGAUGAAAGAGCACGAGCUAAAGUAAAAUAUCUAACAGGUGAAAAAGGUGUGAGGGUUGAACUUAAUAAACCUUCUGACUCAGUUGGGAAAGACGUUUUAUAAGCCUUUGAUUUAGCAACUCCCUGUGCUAUUCUCCCUGAUAAAUCUUGAUGCUAUCUAUUAACUUUUGAAUGUGAAUAACAAGAUAAAGGAAAAUCAACAACAAACCAACAUCUUAAUAAGGAAGCAAACAGUGUUUCAAUGUUGCAUCAAAUAGAAGGUUCUUUGACUGCUGAAGCAUUGUACUAUGUGAUUGUGACUCCAGGCCUGUGACUGCUUAUGUGAAGAAGAUAAGCAAUCAGUAAGAAACAGCAUAUGCAUCUGGACAUAAAUAAGUGCCCUACAUAGAAUUUGUCCAUUCUUAUAUUUUGCCAGACCUGUCAUCCAGCUGAAUCCAUUUCAUCUCUCCCUUUUUUUAUAUGGUAAAAGUUUGAAUUUUGGGUAAUUUUUGUAUGACCAGGUACAGUUUAUCAAAAUUGAGUCUUAAAAAAAAAAAAAAGAAAAACUGAAAAAAAAGGAAAAAAAUUACAGUAUUCUCCAAAAUAACAUGGAUCUAUUUUUGUAAAACUGUUCAUACUGUUCUCCUCUGCCAUGAAAGACCUAAUUUAAUGUAAGGGUUGCCAGUAACUGAUAAUCACUUUAAUUUUCUUUACACCUUAAGUCAGAAAAAGAGCACUUUAAUUACCAGCUAAAAACCUGAUUGUUUUAUAUCAUAUCUCACACUAAUCUUAACUUUUAAAGAUUGCUGCUGUAUUGUUUUUUUGACUAUGUUCUCUUGAACCUUAUUAACAGAAGCAAAUCAGUAUCUCGCUAUUAGUAACGUUCAGUUUGUGGUUUUGUAUGUUGAAUCCACAGAGGGGAAGUUUCUGUUUCUUCUUUGUUUUGGUUUUUUUUUUUUGGUUAGGGUUUUUUUGUGUUUUUUUUUAUUUUUUAAGUGACUGGCACUAAGUGAACUUGACACUAUCGGUUGCUGUCAUUGGCUUUGGGGACCUGGUAAAUACCAUCAAGUUACAAGUAUAUACAAGGGCUUUCCUAGGCUAUUAGAGGUACCCAGAACCUCCUUACUUACUUGACAGAAAUUUUUGAGCUUUCUCCCUUUUCUAAAAAAUACUUGCCACCCCUCUUUCCUUUGUAUAUAAGUUAAUAGAAUAUCUAAAAUUCCCUUUUUUUAAUUUCCUUUUCAAAUAUUUGUGUCCCGCGCAGUCUGUUAGUUGACACCUUGAUCUAUUAUAUAGUAUCAAGGAAAUGGUCAGCACACUGAAGCUGAAGUGCAUCACUCUGUAGGCUCCUUGUGCAAUACAUCUUUAAGUUUUCACUGUGCUGAAGGAUUUCCCCAAAAAGGCACGGCCCUUUGACAAAUACUGAGGUAAAUAUUUAGUAAGAAAACACUUACUUUCUAUUACAUUGUUUUCAUUUUAUCAAGGAGAGGGGGCAUCACAGAGUAAAAGUGAGAUGUGCAGAAACUUCGAUAUUCUUAUUUUUAAGAAAUUGAUAUUUUGGACACUGAUUUUUUUUUUCUUCUUCUUCUUCUUUCCUUUAUUUUUUCUGAGCUUUAAAAGCUUGAGAAAACAAAAGCAAACCUAUCAAAAACAGCAUUCAUAUUUACAGGAGUUUCGGGGUUGAUCAGCUUACCCACUGCAGUUUUCUAUCUGUUCCUUAUUUCCUUACUUAGCCAAAACAAUGUGAGUGUACAGAAAUAUUUCUGUAUAUAUUACAACUUGUGACAGUUUUAGCAUCUGUAUAGUUUGUAUUCAAUUAGAAACCUUUUCUAUGGAAAGCUCAGUAAUUUUUUAUUAAAAACAUUACUAUUGUUCAUGUAAAACAUGAAAAAGCUAAUUGUUUAGUAACAAACUGACAGAAGGGGGAAAAAAUUCAGUAUUGGUAUAUCAUUUAGGAGAACCAACAGAAAUCCCAGUUUUGUUUUGAUUUCGCUUUUCCUUUUUUUAGUAAGUUCUUGCCCUGUACAGUUCUCUUCGUCUUUCCUCUUUUCUUCCCAGAAAAACAGACAGGAUACUUUACUGUAAGUGCCUCUGCCAACCUGGCCAAGGAGUGCAAAUCUUCAUUACUGUCUGGUCUGCAGUGCAUUUAGGUUACUAAUAAAACAAGCAAAAAACUCGCCUCUUCUACUUCAUCUUCUUUAGUACUACUUUAACAGAGGUUUUUUUGUUUUUGUUUUAGAAAUGUAAACAUAAGCCUUUAAACUCAUUUCAGUCCCUCUGUAAUUCAAACUGCUGCAGUUAAACAGCGUAUCAAAUUCUAAUUACACUGUAGGUUUGUGCUUGCCGGACAGGUUUAAAAAGUGCUUAAUUUUUCACUCCAUGUAAGUCAUUACAACAGGGUCAACAAAUCAGGUCAGCCAUUUCUUCCAUGUCCUUCAGAAACUGUUCAUUUCAUGUCGGUUGAAUAUUCAGUCUUGAGCAUCACCAAGCAGGUCCUUGUUUUACAACUAUUUUUUAAACUGUCUUAUGAUCUGUAUGUGUCUAGUCCUGGUUAAAAAUAAAGCUUCAUAAUGCUAUUUUUAUUCAUGAUGUUAGCUGGCUGUGAAAUACGAGACCUUUAUCUAUAGCAGGCGAAGAAAUUCAGGAUUCAUUUACAGGUUGCCUAUAAAGUUGUGUAAUUUCAAAAGCAGUGUUCAUUAUGAAAGAGCUCUCAAGUUGCUUGUAAAGCUAAUCUAAUUAAAAAAGAUGAUGUAUAAAGGUU